AUGACCAACAAACAUGCCGUGCUUUCCCUUUUGCUCUUAGCGGCAACCACACUGAUGAUGAUCCGAUCGAGUCAUCAAGAAUCCUUUCGGACAAUACAACAACAACCACGACUUCACCAUCAAAAAACAUUUACAGUAAAACCAGGACUUGAGAAUUAUCAAGCAACAGUUGGAUUGGACGGUGUUACUUGUUCCUUCAAAUUUUCUACAAAAUCAUGUUCCGAAUUGAACGAUCAAGAGAAUAAAAAGAAUGUAGAGAAGAAAAAGCUCUCCUAUGAAGAAGUACUCACAAGAUUGCCAAAAGGUACUUGCCUCAAUAAGGUGGAAGGUUAUUGGACCUAUUCCUAUUGUGCAGAAGGAAAAAUUAGACAAGCUCACGGAAAUGACGUCUAUCAUCUCGGCACCUUUUCUUCCUACAAGAAGGAUAGGGCACUUUUUACGAAUGGACAAAUUUGUGAAUUGGAUGGAAAGAAAAUUGAGAGAUCCACUCAAGUUAUUUUCAUGUGCGGAGAAUCGACAGAGAUUGUUGGAAUUCGUGAGCCAACUCCGUGUCGAUAUGAAAUGAUUGUGACAGAGCCCAAGUUGUGCGGAGAAGAUUCUCCAUUCCCUGUGUAUCAUCAUGAAACAAGUACCUCCUCAAUUACCAUAGCUUCCAUUUAUGAUCAUUUUGAAAUUAAGAUUGAAAAGACACUCUUUCAAAAGGAAUAUCUUUGUACCGUACAGGCAAUAUUGAGGGAUUUAAAGCCAAAUCCAACCACAUGUUUCAAAUCAUUUUCCAUGUCUCUCGAUAACAAGUCCAAGAGUAAGACUGCUCUCAGUGCUCGUGCCAUGCAUCAUGGAAGAGUUCCAUUCAGAGACACUGAGCUCAAACAUACAAAGGAUGGCCAAGAGGUGAAGAGUACCAAGUAUUUUGAUGGCUCUUUGGAUUACAUUCAAGUCAAGUAA